AUGAUAACUUAUUCUGUUUCUGAUUUUGAUAUUCACUUGUUGGUAUCAAAGUUUGAAACGUGUCAAAAUUAAAAAGCGAGAGAGAUUAAAGAAUAGAGUUGUUGGUGUAACAGGCGAGGGCAGAGGGAAGGGUUAGGGAACAAUUGGAGUGCACGAAAGCGAUGCCAAAAAAACCAAACAAUCAUUAACAACAGCCCUAACCCCCCCGACGUCUUUCAAAACUGAUUCGGAGCAAUUAAUGUAAAAUCUAUGGACAUCAACGAGGAAUCUUCAUUCUCUCUCCGUUUUUGUUUGCAUCAUUAAUAGACCCAAAUGGACCCGAACCCGACAGCCUCGCUGGACUCCGACCCGGACCCGCUUCGCGUGAAGAGGAAGACCCUCGAGGCCGUGCUCUUGCAGUGUCAGAGAGCUCUCGAAUCGAUUAACGCUACUUCUGCUACUGCUUCUUCUUCUGCUUCUACUUACGUGGACGAAGAGGAUUACGACGGUGAAGGUGAAGCCACUGCAUCAGCUGAUCCCGAUGCCGACGAGUUAUGUGAUCUGCUGAAAUCUAGAGUUGAAUGUCCGGCCUUUCUUCAACAGUUGGAGUGUGCUCGGGCUUCAGUUUCACAGAAUAUAGAUGAAGAAGGUAAUUCCUGGGAUAUGGUUAGCGAAAAUGAUCUCUGGGAAGGUGAACGUGUUGACUCAGAACAAGAAGAUUAUGUCCUUGUUAGACAAGAAGAUAUAGUGGAGGGUAUCGCGUGUUUCAUGGCCGCAUAUUUGCUAUCCUUAAAGCAGACUAAGGAUUUGACCCCUAUCCAACUCCAGAGUGCGCUUAGCAAGACAUUCUCAGUGAAAAAGAAAAAGGGAAAGCUACGAAAGGCUUGGGAUGGGAGCAAAGUUAUUUAUAAUGUUGCAUCAUGGGGGGCUACGGCCAUAGGGAUAUAUCAAAACCCUGUUAUUCUCAGGGCUGCAACUAAAGCAUUCUGGACUUCAUGUCAUGUUAUAUCAAAGCUUCUCUGAUUUGCCCGUGCAGCUUGCGGCUUGUAGCAAAGUUGUGAUGUAGUAAUUUAACUCUUUUCCCCCUGCCUGUGCUGCAAUUUAGCUUGGCGUCCCAUGCCAUGAUCGUCUUUGAUUUAAAAUUCAAUUUCUUUGAAGCACAGAUCAAUUGAUUUUAACACUGUUUGACAUUGUAAAUAUCACUACUCUAAUGUUUCCGAGUGCAAUUCAAAACUCAAGCCUUAAACAUAA